CACACUUUCCCGUUAGGCACACAUCAACAGCAGUACUUAAUUUGGGAAUGGGAAGAUCAUACCAAAUAAUGAUGUUAGAGAACAAGGUUUUUUCCUGUUUUGUAUUCUAUAGUGUUCUCUUGGUAAUCAAGAUGUACAUCAUAGCAAUCAUCACUGGACAAGUAAGGCUGCGCAAAAAGGCUUUCGCGAACCCAGAGGACGCGCAAAGACAUGGUGGCCUCCAGCACUUCAGAGAGGAUCCAGAUGUAGAGCGGUGCCAAAGGGCUCACCGUAACGACAUGGAGAAUAUCGUCCCCUUCCUGUUCCUGGGGGCCGUCUACUCCCUGAUUGGCCCGUCGCUGGCCGUGGCCCGCGCUCACUUCUUGGUCUUCUUCCUAUUCCGCAUGCUCCAUACGCUGGCCUACCUCUGUGUCCUGCGGGCACCCACGCGCUCCCUGGCCUACGUGAUCGCCCAGGUGCCCUGCAUCUCCAUGGCCGUUCAGAUUCUCGCGGCGGUGUCCUCGUAUGCGUGUUCUGACUUUAUUGGUGACCUCGUCAAUCUGUGACCAAUCUCAGUGGAUGGGCCUGAUAAUAGCAGUAGAGAAUACUGCUUGUAAGAGGGAACAGAUAUUUUUUCAUAUGAGGGAAAUCCUAAAGACUGCAUUGUCAUCAGACUGCAAUGCUACAAUAGCAGUUUGUGCCUCUCAGCAAUGCUCUAUGAAGUGUACACUGUUGUGCUCUAGCUAGUACAUCUUCAUGUAGUACUGUAUUAUUUUACAUCUUAGUCACAUAGCAGACGCUUUUAUCCAGAGCAACUUGCAGAUGCCUUGCUCAAGGGCACAUAGACAGAUGUUUCACCUAGUUGGCUCGGGAAUUUGAACCAGCAACCUUUCAGUUACUAGCCCAAUGCUCUUAACCGCCAGGCUACCUAUAUGCUACAGAAUGUUGAAGUCAAUUGACUCCCUCUGAAGGUCAUGGGGACACUACUCUCGGAAGAAAAAGGUUAACCUUUCGAUUAACAUGUAACUUUGUAACCAAUUAAUUGGGUUGACAUGUUUUUUUUUUCAUACACAAGUCAAUGUUACUUGUUUUCAUCUUUUACAUUCUGUAUUUCUUGUCAUUCAACAAGUGGUAUUUUUGUAGGAAAGUCUGGGACGUAGUGACCUAUUUGCUCAAACCAAUCCAGUAUUUUAGAAGUUGAACUGAAGAGCAGACAUGUAUAACACAAAUAAUUUAUAAUAAUGCAUUUUUUAAAAGAAAACGGUUGAAUACCAUAUUCUAAGGAAUAUUUCUGGUGUGGUGGUCACUGUAUUUGUUUACAAAGCAUUGGCCACUAAGCUAUCACAUGAUGGAGGAAGAUGACUAUGUCAGAUAUGCCAGGUCUACCAUUCCUGUCGAUGGGCUACGGAAGGGUUUAGGAUCACAGGACUUGACUCACUAGGGCCCAUAGUUUUUUCUGGUCCGUUCCUGGACCUAGAUAGGAUCUAUGACUGCUGACUGAUCCAUAAUCAUAACAUCUACAGAUGCUGAAGCUUAAUGUGAUCAUCCUGUUGUUGCAGGAAUAUUCCUGCACAGCAAGAAAUGCAAAAACCAAAAAUGUAUCAACCCCUAAAAAAAUGUCAAUUCCAAUUCACAUUUCCUGUUGCUGCAGGAUUAUUUUUCUUCUGUGUAAAACUGGCUCAAUUUAAGAUACGGCAUCUGUAUUUUAACCUCAACCUUUGUGUUUCUUUAGCCUGUUUACAGAUCAACUCUGGCAAGACUGAAAAAACAGAUCUUGGAUCAGGCUAAUGUUUCUAGAGUACUGUCCAUCUAUAACCAAUAGAUGGUUUGUCCAUAAAUGCUAUUUAUGUGUUCUACACUGCAGCCCGUUGAGGCUUGGAUCAGGCUAAUGUUUCUAGAGUACUUUGAAGCUUGGAUCAGGCUAAUGUUUCUAGAGUACUUUGAAGCUUGCUAGAGCAAAAGAUGAUAUUGUGUAAACCUACGUGUUUCAAUUGGGAAUCAUUACUGAACAGUUACAACACAGUUACAACUUACUGCAACACAGUUCCAACUUACUGCAACACAGUUCCAACAUACUGCAACACAGUUCCAACGUACUGCAACACAGUUCCAACUUACUGCAACACAGUUCCAACGUACUGCAACACAGUUCCAACUUACUGCAACACAGUUCCAACGUACUGCAACACAGUUCCAACGUACUGCAACACAGUUCCAACUUACUGCAACACAGUUCCAACUUACUGCAACACAGUUCCAACUUACUGCAACACAGUUCCAACGUACUGCAACACAGUUCCAACGUACUGCAACACAGUUCCAACUUACUGCAACACAGUUCCAACGUACUGCAACACAGUUCCAACGUACUGCAACACAGUUCCAACUUACUGCAACACAGUUCCAAGUUACUGCAACACAGUUCCAACUUACCCAACUUACUGCAACACAGUUCCAAGUUACUGCAACACAGUUCCAACUUACUGCAACACAGUUCCAACUUACUGCAACACAGUUCCAACUUACUGCAACACAGUUCCAACAUACUGCAACACAGUUCCAACUUACCCAACAUACUGCAACACAGUUCCAACAUACUGCAACACAGUUCCAACAUACUGCAACACAGUUCCAAGUUGGAACACAGUUUCAGGCCUCUGGAUUAUAAUUAAGCAAUAUGUGGCUAGGUACAAGCUUAUCAAUAGACCACCAUUAGUUCCUCAGACAGACAGACUUUUGGCCUGGAAGUUGUUCCUUCCUCUGACUUGGGGCUGCUAGGUAAUCUCAUUCGGGGCUAGGGGUAAGACAUUGGAAUCUCUGGCUGGGGGAAGGUGAUUGUCGUAGGUGGGACGGUGGGUAUUCGCUGGCUUCUCUCUCCUUGUCUGAUGGUCCAGAGUUCCAGGCAGGGCUGAGUUCCAGAAUUCCUCUGUCGUUAUGUAAGGCCCUGGACUGGACACUGUCCACAGGACAGUGGGGGGGCUGGAAAGUGUGCAGUCAUGCAUGCUUGCUGCUAACCUACACACAGUCAUGGGCUGUAGACUCUUCCUCAUACUCAUUUAAACAUGCUCUCACAUUCACACAUGGAUAUUGUGCCCAGUCUGUAACUUACUGUAUAGGUGUUCACAAUUACAUGCAUUCUUGCACUUCACCCUCUUUGUCUCAAUCAUAUUAACACACUUACAUACUCUCACUGUACAUGACAAUUCAUUUUACAUACCAACUGCAAGGUAUUCAAAAAGAAAUGUGUAUUUUUUCUAUGGAUCACUUCAUCCUGUAUCAAUUCAUUGCACAGACAAUGGGAUGUUAUUGACCGUGGUAGGUAGCGGAGGACAAGCCAUGUCUCUCUCUGUGUGCACAUAGCCGCGGAAAGGAGUUUGGUGUGUGGGGGGGGAUACCAUUUGUUUUGCCCAUGCUGAGGACCGCUAUAUCGGUCCACUAAUAUAGGACUAGUACUUAUUUUGUGAAAAAAAUGUAAUUAAAUGUAUUUGAGUGUUUACAAGCAUUUGUAACUUGAGUCUGAUAAUUAUCUGUACAAAACAUUUCAUCUGAUAAUACUUGUGGAAUAUACAAAUAUUUGCUUAAAAUAUGUUUUCCCCUUUGUUGAAA